GCCAGCGACGACGACGACCCUGUAGGAGAGGUUGCCAAUAGGAAUGGCAAGCGAAAACGACCAAUCUCCGUUUCGUACGUGUUUGUCCUACCCGAGUCCAAGAAGAGAAGAGUUGCUGACGAGCUUUCCAUUCCAAGGUGCGAGCUAUGUAAGCAGAGAAAGGUGAAAUGUGACCGCGGUCAGCCCUCUUGCGGCUGGUGCAGUCGCAAUGGCCAAUUAUGCGAAUACAAAGAGCGCAAGAAGCCUGGUCUGCGCGCUGGUUACGGGCGUGAGCUCGAGCAGAGGCUCGAUAAGCUCGAGGAGAUCCUGCGUGCUCACUCCGAGAUCAUCCAGGCGACCUUCACCGCAGCCCAGUCUGCGCCUGCCGGGCUGAUAUCACACCAUCCACCCCCCUCCAGCAUCCGAGGGAGCAACGCGAGCAUUCCCAGCGACCAUGGCACGCCGCGCGAAGCUCCGCCCUCCAUCUUCGGCAGAGCAGACUCGGUGCGGACGAACCAGGCCCAGGCAGAGACGGCCCUGUUCCUCCAGAAACCCUCUACGUAUCCGCCCGUCACCCAGGCGAUGGACUUUGGGAUCCCACCCCCAACGCCCACUCUGCAUGAUGGCAUGACCUCCGCUGUCAACAUGUCCAGCCUGUCACCCACAAACCACAGCCACAUCUCUGGGAUCUCGGGAGGAUCCUCAUCAGCUGCAGCUGCUGCAGCCGCGGGCAUGGCCAGUGUUGCAGCACAGGAGUACUAUGGUACCAAUGGUGCUGCUCCAGUGCCCUCUCCGACCGUGAAUCUCUCGCACUCGCAAAACCAAGGCUUAUCUGCGGACCAGGAUCUGCCUCCUUACGAUCUCCUAUAUGCCCUAGUAGAUCUCUAUUUCAAACAUAUCAACACGUGGUGCCCAAUAUUACAUCGAAAGACAACGCUGGAUUCGCUCUUUGGCCCUUCGAUGAUAGAAGAAACAGACAAGAUUCUGCUUCACGCUAUCGUGGCCACUACCUUGAGAUAUUCGACAGAUCCUAGACUGACGGAGGAGAGGAGGCGGCACUAUCAUGCUAUAUCAAAGCAGCAGGUGUUGCUCUAUGGCAUGGAGAGCUCGUCGGUCAAGUCUCUGCAAGCGCUCGUCAUCCUCUCCCUUGAUCUCUGCGGUGACAGCAACGGACCGCCCGGGUGGAACAUUAUGGCCCUCAUCACCCGAUCUGUCGUGCAGCUCGGUCUGGCCGUCGAGUCGAGCUCCUUCAGUGUCAGCCCUAAUUUCACCUCUAUAUACACACUACGAGCCAUGAUCCUACCCGAGCCCAGAGAUUUCAUUGAGGAAGAAAGCCGACGGCGCCUUUUCUGGAUGAUCUAUCUCCUCGACCGGUACGCGACCAUCGCAACAGCUUUUGAGUUUGCCCUGGACGAUCGUGAGAUCGACCGCACUCUACCCUGCCGCGACGACCUGUGGAUGAAGAACCAAAAGGUCGAAACCCGCUGGUUCAGCGACCACCAAGACGGCAUACAACAUGAUCCACAUAACUGUGAAUCGCCCGAAUUCAAAAUGGACAACCCCCAAAAUCUAGGCGCUUUCUCCUACUACAUCGAAAUACUGGGGAUUCUUACCAAGAUUCAUAACUUCCUCAAACAACCCGUCGACAUCUCCGCCCUCUCCGACGUGGAGCAGUGGCAACUGCGCUACAAGGAACUCGACAACACACUCACGUCCUGGAAGUUUGGGCUUCCGGGUGAGUUUGGCAACAUGGCGAAGCUUUUCCAGCCCGGCAGCGCCAAGCAGCUCAACUGCGGCUGGGUGAUGCUGCAUGCCACUUACCACACAGCCGUGAUCCGGCUUCACUCAUCCGCUGCGUACCCUACCACCCGCUCUCCGAUCUUUCACCCUUCCUACAGCGCAAGCCAGCGCUGCCACGGCGCUGUCGAGAACAUCCAGGCCCUCGGCGAGUUUGUCGCGACCAAUGGCUUGCUCUCCAAGCUCGGCCCUCCCUUUGCCUUCACACUGUGGGUCGCGGCUCGGCUCUUGCUCGUCCACGGCAGCACGGUCGAGCACAAGCUUUCCCCGCAGCUGCCCUUCUUUGUCGACUGCCUGCGCGAGAUGGGGCGGUAUUGGCCCGUGGCUGCGCGGUAUUGUAGCCUGCUUGAGCGUGUGCUAGACGAGUACCGUGAUGCCGAGAGGCAAGGAGGGUCAGGGAUACCGGGCGAGAGCGGCUCGACGCCCGGGCCGCAGCCGACGAGCGUGAAGAUUUUGGCUGAUAUGCGACGGACGGCCUUUGACCUGGACUUCCUCAUCAGCCGGCAGCCGAGGCACGUCCCAGGUCCCGCCGGGCAGAGCAUCACGGGCUCCACCCCGGCUAGAACACCGCAGCCUCACGAUCUGGAGUAUGUCGACAUCUUUGACUUUUUCAAUGUCCCACGCCUGCCUUUCGGGGCCCCGGCAGAUAAUGGUGGUGGGAGCAUGCCUUCGGAGAACGGGAACGGGUCUGGAUCUGGGGCCGGUAGAGACGGCGCGUCUGGCGGCAACAUGUCUCUCGAGGCUAAUGGAAAUGCUAAUGAGUUUAACAUUACUGAUUUUAUGGUGGAUGCGAACAGAGACUGGUUGUUCAAGCAGGACGGGGCCAAGUUCCUC